AUGAUUGGGAUGGGGAAUGAGCAGGUCACUGGUACCCAAGGGUCGAAUCCUUUUAAUUUGGGGCCCAUUAUUGAGAAGACCAUGCACAGAUCGGCCCAUGGGAAGAACCAAAGGAAGAACAAACGGGACUACGCUGAGACUAUUCGAGGCAUGGAGUCUGCGACAGACUCUAAGAGUAUGCCAAUCCCUAUUAUGCAUGGCAACGAUAGGAAGAAGGCACGACGGUGCCUGAGUGGUGGAGACCGGCCAAAACGGGUCUCCACGAGUGCCAUGAAAAUCCUUGUGUGGAACUGUCAGGGUAUCGGGGGUAAUCUGACAGUUUCAAGCCUGAAGGAGCAAGUCAAGCUCCAUAUCCCCGACAUGGUGCUACUCUUGGAAACUAAAACUAGGAGUCAGCGCUAUGGUUUUCUUAAGAAGUUUUGGUUACGGAUGAUGAGAAGGGGUAUGCCUGGCGCUUCUUUGGGAUCUAUGCAAGCACAGAUGAUAAAAUUCGGAAGACCCAGUGGCUUACUCUUCAAACUCGGAUUGAAUGGUGUCCAGAGGCUUGUUUAG